AUGGUCAUUUCAAGUCUAGCUAGGUCACCUCCUGGACAGAGUCGCGAGCCGAUUCCAAAAGGAAGAAAUGUUCCUGCUUGUUGUCUACUUUUGUCAAUGUUGCCUCCAAAGAUUGUGGGGGAAAUGGUUGAACCCGAAAGGCUAUAUGAUUCAGGUAAAACAGGAGGAUUAUCAGCGUGGGAGCCAGCAGGAGGUCAAGAAUGGUUAGAACUAUUCAAUCCUUCAGAAUCCUUUUCGGACAUUGUUGUUGAGCAUGAAUAUGUUGAAUGCACUGGAUCAGCAAUUCAAGCCUUAGUUUUGUUUAAGAAGCUAUAUCCAGAAUACAAGACAAAAGAGAUAGAUAAUUUCAUUGCAAAUGCGGUUCGAUUCAUUGAAUCUUCACAAACAAUCGAUGGUUCAUGGUAUGGGAAUUGGGGAAUUUGCUUCAUUUAUGGUUCUUUCUUCGCACUUGGCGGUCUAGAAGAUCCUGGAAAGACAUACACAAAUUGUCCUGCCAUUGCUAAAGCCACAAAAUUUCUGUUCCAAAUACGAAGAGAAGAUGGUGGGUGGGGGGAGAGCUACCUUUUUUGCUCACAAAAGACAUAUGUACCUCUCGAAGGAGGUCGAUCAAAUAUUGUUCAAACUGCAUGGGCUCUUAUGGGUUUAAUUCAUGCUGGCCAGGCGGAGAUAGACCCAACUACUCUUCAUCGUGCUGCAAAAUUAAUCAUCAAUUCCCAAUUAGAAGAGGGUGACUGGCCCCAACAGGAACUGACAGGGGCAUCCUUGAAAACUUGCAUGUUGCAUUAUCCAAUGUAUAGAGAUAAUUUUCCAAUGUUGGCUCUAGCUGAAUAUCGUAAACGGGUUCUUUCUCAAUCCAUUGCAGUUUAA